AUGAUCAAUGAACCCAUAGCUGUCAUCAAUAUCGUUUCCAGCCUGGACAAUGUCGAAGUGAUGCGAGACUCGUACGAUGUGGUGGUGAUUGGCAGCGGAUACGGCGGAGGCGUGGCCGCCAGCCAGAGAUGGCCUGGCGAAUUCCGGGAGCAGCUGCUGGGCACGUCGGAAGAGGUUCGAGUGAGCGGCGAGUUUGCGCCAGGGGACCGAAGCAUUCCGGGCAAGGCUGUCGAUGACGGAAACCCCACGGGGCUAUACCAUUUCGUCGUAGGGGAGGGUCAGAAUGCCUACAUGGGCAAUGGACUGGGUGGUACAAGCUUAUUAAACGCAAAUGUGUUCUUGGAGGCACAUCCAGAUGUCCUGGACAUGGAAGUUUGGCCCAAGGAGCUCAGAGGAAAGGAUGCUUGGACGAAAUACCACUACUCUUCGGCACACAAAGCUAACCCAGCAGACUACAAAGGGGCCAGCUCGGUUCUGGAACCGGUCGAGUAUCCUGCGACGUUCCCAGAACUGCAAAAGGCCAAUCUGCUCCAGAAGCAGGCGGAACUCAUGGGCAUGGGCGACAAGUUCUACCGCGUUAAGCAGACGACCCGAUUCAAAGAUGAGCCAAACAGCACUGGUCCGUGUGAGGCGCGAUACGUAACCAAGGCGCCCGGGCGCGAUGGAUACAUCAUCUACUUUGCCUGGCACGGCGGCAAGCGUGGACGCUUCACAACUCUGUACGACAACUUGAUGUGGGUGCAUGCCAAGAAGUGCGUCUUCUUCGGAGCUGUUAGCAUCGGCACCACGAAGAUUCUUCUUCGAAGCAAACAUGAACAGUUUGGGCUAAAGAUGAGUGAGGACGUCGACGAAUGGGAGCUAAUGAAAUCGCUGCACAUUUACAACACGGACUACGAAGCCAAUUGCAUCGCACAUCCCGAUCCGACCUGGGACCGCCCUGUUGGUCCUUGUAGCACGUCAGUUCUAGAUCUUUGCGAGCAAAAGAACGUGCUGGAGGGUACCGUUGUUGAGGAUUGCGCCAUUCAUGUUCCUUCUGCCCUCGCUCCCUUGAUGUCCCCGAUGCUGGAAUCUCUUCUCGACCCAGUCAAGCCACUUGACGCUACGGUCCUUCUCAAACCCUCACCAAGGCUGUCUCUCGGGUGGCAGGCAAAUUUCUGGGGCCCUACUUCGCCCAGGGUAGCGUCGCGAGAACAGCGACAUAUCUCAUCAUGUCGCAUGACAGUGAGCGGCUUCCGCAAGAGUCGAGGAGAUGCAAUCAGUAUACUGAUGCCUCGUAGGUAG